AUGACUGAACAAGACAACGAACAAAUCCCAACAACAACAACACAAGAGGAAAUAACACCAACUUCUAACAAUGAAGGAGCCGAACAAUCAACUCCACCUGUUAUGCAAAAGAGAAAAUUAACGGAUGAAGAAAAGAGAGAAAUCUUGAGAAGGAGGAGACUUGAGAAGAUUAAAGGACAAGGAGAAUCGAGAAUGAAUAAGAUUAUGUAUGGUGAUUCUGCUCCUACUACAACACCAUCAUCUUCUACAGCAGUGGAAAAUUUGGAAUCAAAGGAAGAAAAAGAUUCAUCGGACAACAACAAGAAGGAACAUCUACACAACAACCUCUUAUUAAUUAAUCAAAAAGUAGAGGAAGCCUACUCUCCACUCUUCAAGCUACAUGAUCCUAAAUUAAUUGAGAAGGAGACCAGAGAAUACGAACAACCAAUCACUAUAGAACCAAGUAUUUCAACACAUGAUUCACUAACAUCAGCAAUACCAAAUCUUGCAAAUUGGGAUAAGGAAGCAAGUGCAAAAGCCAAACCAGGUAUUUUCGAAAAAUUAAGACCUCUCUUCAUCUUGAUUCUUUCAUUCAUGUGUGCUAUUUCUACUUUCUAUCAUAAUGAAAAAUUGCAUUUUGGAGCUGCAGGAUUGGAUACCUUGUUGGGCUAUUUUAGUCAAUUUACACCAGUUUCAGUAUUAAUUACAUUUGAAUUGGCAAUAAUUUUACCAGGAUUACUGAGUGGUAAAUCCAUAUUUUCCAUGCAUACUGAAUCAGCUUUGGAUAUGUUCUUAUUUGUUAAAGGAAUUUGGAAUAUUGUUGGAGGCAGUCGAUCGGAUACGAGUGCUAACAAGUUGUUCUAUCAUCAUGAGGAUCACGUUGAUGAUGACGAUGAUGGAGAGGAUGAAUUUGUUAUGGUCGACUCUGAAUUACCCAAUCAAUCAUCAUAUUUUCAUGUAAUGAUUAAAAGUAAAAAAGGCUUUCUUGGAAAAGGAAAGGAAGAAAUUGUAUCAUUCAAGCCUACUCACAGAGGUGUCUAUACGAUCAAAGUGAAGAAUACCAAUGUUGUUGGAGGAUUUGGUUUGGAGUUUUAUGUUGAUAUUAGAAUUGGAAAGAAGAGAAUUGAUCACAAUUUUGUGAAUAAGACCAAAACAAAGAAGGAAAUUCCAGUUCUCACAAGGACAUCUAAUGAUGAUCAUGAUUUUCAUGAAGUUGAUCAUUCUGAUCUUAUUUCAAAGGAUAAAAAGACCUUACAGAGCUUGAAAUUGUUAAAGGCCUCUGAUUCUUGGGAGAUACGUAUCGAUUUGGCUGAUCCUUAUUCACCAUUCUUUAAAUAUUUGACACAGAUUGGAAAGGAUGAAAUUGAAAUUGAUCUUAUUAGUGGUGUGACAUUGGGAUUGGGAUCUGUUUAUUAUCAAGUGGAUGUAUUUGAGGAAUUUGAACAAAUGGUAUUUCUGGAAGAUACUUUGAGUCAACAAACAGGAGGGUUAGGUGAAGUGAAAACUCAAUUAUCACACAUUGGUGCUUACAAAUUAUUUAUUGAAAAUAUUACCUAUGUUUCUGGAUUAUCAAAUAUUCCAGGUAUUACAGCAUCUUCAUCAAAUUAUAAUUUUGAUGUUACCGUACUUUCUGGGUUCUUUAAUCAAUUUAAAGAAAAUAUCUCACCAAUUACAUAUUCAUCUUCAGGAAAGAAUGAUAUUUUCAAGCAAUUGAUACAGUAUUUUGAAUUGUAUGAGGAACCUUUUGAAAAUAUUUCACAAGCAGAAGAAAAACCAUCCAGUUUAUAUAUUACUGAUACAUUCCCUUGUUAUCCUUCGCUGAUUCCUAUGGAUUUUAUUGUAAAGCUGCAACAUCAUGCCAUAGCUCACCGACCAACACUUUUCAGUCAAGGGCCACUCAAAUUUAGAAUUCUGAUUGGUUAUAUUCCAGAAAGUAAAUGGGAAGUCGUCAUUUGCGAGCAUAUUUUGAACCUUGGUGAAAAAUUGAUCAAUUCCAUGAAUGUAAAAGAUGGCGAUUUGAUCAGAGAUAUUGUUAAUGAAAUCAAAGCAGGAAUCAUCAAAAUACCUAACAAAUCAGAUGAAAUCAUAUUCAAAAUUAAUUUUUUGAAAUUUGAUUCUAAAUAUCUGCAAAUUGAAAUUGAAGAAUACUAUUCGAACGCUUGCGUUAUGGCUGAUGAUUUAAAUAGAUUGGAGGAUGAAUUUACCAGAGUUCUUCAAACUAGACAUAUCCUUAGUGACAUUUCUCUUGAAAAUAUCAAGCAACUUAAACAAAAAUCCGAGAAUUAUUACUUAAAAUCGACUAAAUUGAACGAGUUAAUUGAGGAAGCAUCGGCGCACAUUGUCAAAAUGGAUAACGAACAAAGUACAAAGACCGAGUUGAAAGAAAAGUUAAAAUAUCUGGAGGAUAAGGUAUUAUCGCCAAUAUCUAAUGCCACCAGCUCAUUUUCCAAUGAUUUGUUUGUGAGAAACUGUGCCAAAGUGGAGAGCGAGCAAGAACUCAAUCGUAUUUAUCAAGAUGUCAUUGAUUUUAGAAAGAGAGCUAGAAAAGUUGUUGAAAGCUUAGGAACUAAAGGUGACACUCAAAUUGAAAUGAAAAAAUUGGACAUGUACAUAACCACAAUCAGACAACAAAGAGAUUUACAAUUAGAAUUUACUAACCAUCUGGAAUCAGCAAGACAGGAAAAAGCUCUUACCGAUCUCAAAAUAUUUUGGCACGAAAAGGGAAAGCUCCUAAUUGGGGAUUCCAAGUUAAGGUAUGAUGAGUGUGUCCAUCAAAUUGAAGAGGAAUUGAGAAAGAUUGAACUGGAAAAGGCGCUCGAGCUGGAAAGAAAACAAAAAGAGCUUGAAGCAAAGAAGAAGAAAGCAGAAGAAGAAAGGAGAAAGAAGGAAGAUGAUGAAAAGAAGAGAAGAGAGGAAGAACAAAAACGUAUCGAAGAAGAAAGAAAAAAGGCAGAAGAGGAAAAGAGAAGAAAAGAAGAUGAGGAAAGAAAGAAAAAGGAACAUGCAAUCAUUGAGGAACAACAACUGGAAGAAUCACCAAAGGUCGUAGAAGCUCCUACACCAACAGUCUUAGAAACUUCAGUUGUGGAAACUUCGCCAAAGAUCAGCUCUCCUUCCACCUCUUCCCCUUCAGAUGAUGCAUCACUCAGUCAAGACAAUACACCCUCAAUUAUUGUGGAAAGUUCUGAAGAUGCUUCCAACACUCUUCACAUAGGCACAGAGGAAGAAAAGGAUUCUACUGAUGUUGUGUUGACUGAUCAAGAUGAACUGUCUUCCAAUACUGUCUCAUCACAUUCUCAAAACGAUACCUUAGCAGAGCCAUCACACAAGAAGAGAUCCAGCUCUACCAAAAAGAAGAAAAAGCACUCUGAGGAUCAAAUUGUUGAAGAAGUUGGAGAUUUAGUAAUUGAAAGAAAGAAAAAGUCAGACAAGAAGAAGAAACCUAAAAAGAAACCUGAAGCUCCAAAGUCCAUUAUUGAAAUGUUCCCAGAAGCUCACAGUGAUUCAUCCUUCCCAACUCUGAAUCUUUCAAUAGAGGAUUCGAGCCAUGAUAAUACCAGUAACUCUAUUGAAGUUAUCCACACCGAAAGCCCAAAGAAAUCAAUUGAACUCAAACAUGAAGAUAGACCAAAUUCUGUCACAGUGACAAAUUAUGGAAACGAUCAAGCUAAUGAACAAUUUGAAACUCCAACCGAGGUUGUUCAAUCCCUGAGAGAAAAUGUGAAACAACUCAUUACUUUGGCCUCACAACGUUCACAAUCGGCUAUUACAACCUACACUGAUAAUAAUGAUGAAGUUUAUUUCAAAUUCAAUUGCACCAACGAGAGACCAUUCGAGGAAUAUAUGGAACGUAUCUGUGUCUCUAUUGAAAAUCUCUUAUUGGACCAUAGAUUGGAAAAGAAGGCAUUCCUUACCAACAAACCAUACAAGGAAUCUCCUGUCACAAUUAUGAAAGGACUGAGCCCACAAGGCGAUGCCAUCGUUAAGGAAUUUAACAAGUUUAUUGAUGUGUCUGGUAUUAAGAAGAAAUUACCAAAUGAUGUUCACAAAGACUCUAACUUGGCACAUCUUUUAGUCCAAUUUUGUUUCCACAAGGAUGUCAUGACAACACUCAUCUUGCAACUGACUCACUUUUCAACAUUAUCCUAUUUGAAGAAGUAUUACGAUCCUACCACCUCCUUAUUAUUGAACACAUCCUACAGAGAUGAAUUGAGUGCAACAAUUGAAUUGUUGAAACAACUCAAAUUGACUUUUAAAUUUUUCGAUCAAUACCACUAAUUGUACAUAAUAAACAAAGUAGUAGGAUCUU